AUGCCUGCGGUUCACCCAUAUUCAAGAGCACCAGAUCAACAGCAGACAGAGGGAGACAUGUCGUCGUUUCGUGCUCUUAUGCGACUUGGGCGGCUCAAGUUCAUUCCGUACUCGUCCAUGCUCGCCCUCAUGGGCGCGCUCUCACGUGACAUCAGCCACAACCACGGGUUUCGUUUUCGCAUUGAGAGCUUCGUUCCCGUGGCGCUCUUCGUAGCAUGCACGCACGUCAUGACGCAUUACUACAACGAAUACUUCGACUACGAAGCCGAUCUCACGAACAAGCACCGCGGAAAGUGGAAUGGCGGCUCGGGCGUGCUUCCCGAGGGCCUGCUGCCGCGCUGGUUGGCGCUCGCCGCGGCGAACGUGCUGCUCAUCGGCAGCGUCGUCACGCAGCUCGCCUUCUUCCGCGCCCCCGCGCAAUGCGUCGCGUGCGCGACGCUGUUCCUCUCGUGGGCGUACACCGCGCCGCCGUUCAAGCUCCACUAUCGCGGCUUGGGCGAAGCGACCGUUGCCGCCGUGCUGACGUGCAGCGUUCCCGUGAUGGGCGCGCUGCAGCGCCGCGACGACGACGCAUUCGUGCUUCCGACGUCGCUGCGCGCAAUCAUCCCGCUGCUGUGCGCGCAGCAGAUGGUGUGCAUGAUGAUAAUGAACCUCCCCGACAUCGACUCCGACCUUCAGUGCGGCAAAAUCACGUUGACCGCGCGAUUGGGGCCAGAGCGGGUUGCGCGUUUGUACCGAUUCACGCAAAAUGCGGUUGGUGUCAUGGCAGUGAUCUUGUUCGCGUGUGGGCGCAUGACGUGGCCCGUGCUCGUCGCGUUUCUCGUCGCCACGACCAAGGGGAUCAGCUUGGCCCGUCGCCUAGACGGGAUCGUCUUUGCCGUCACCAGGACUGCAGCAGGUUCCUCCCGCGACACAAAAAAAUACGACGACGCCACGUCUGAUCAUACUGCUGUUGGAAAGCCCUUGAAGAGUACUAUGGACUUUGGAGAUCUUCCGUACCAGGCGACGAUUCACGUGGCAUCAACGGCGCUGAUGCUGGUCCUGGCCCAAACCGUGGUGCUGAUGAUGCAGUGA